GGCUCGGCGGCUGCAGCGAAGGAAAGCAAGCCAACUGGGGGGGUCCGUGUUUGGGGGGGGCAAUCGUGUUCGGUGUUUUUCGCCCCGCCGCGAGCCUGUCACCCCUUCCGAAAUGGUCACCUAGCAGCACGACAGCCACAGCCCCGACGAGUGGACCCUCUUCGUUCUGCGCGUUGGGGGGCUCGGACCCGAGUCUGUCGCGCAGCGGCCGCGAACGCUGGGCGCGAUGGCGAAGGCGGCGCAGCCCUUCGCCCCCGCGGUCGCCGUCGCCCCCGUCACCAAGGUGGAGAUCAGCGUUUCGUGCAGGCAACUCAAGGACAAGGACUUUUUCUCCAAGUCCGAUCCCAUGUGUGUCUUGUUCAUGCGGGAGUGCGACAGCGACACCUGGAGAGAGGUGGGGCGCACAGAAACCGUGGACAACUGCCUCAAUCCCGACUUUGUUACCAAGUUCCUGGUGGACUACUAUUUUGAGGAACGCCAACAACUCCUCUUCAAACUAUAUGACAUUGACAGCCCCAGCGUGGACCUGCAAAAUCAUGACUUCCUGGGGCAGAUCAAGUGCACCUUGGGGGAGCUGGUCGCCUACCAGGGGACGCAGGUGAAGCUGCAGCUGUCCGGCCUACCCGGGAACUGUGGCUCCAUCCUCCUGACAGUGGAAGAAGUCCUAGACUGCAAGAGGGUGAUCGACAUGCAGUGGUAUGGCCAGAAGCUGGACAAGAAGGACUGGUUCGGCAAGUCGGAUCCUUUCCUCGAGUUCUAUCGCAUCAGCGAGGACAACAGCUACACGGCGGUAUUCCGGACAGAGGUGGUGAAGAAGUCGCUGAACCCGACGUGGCGGCCCUUCGCCAUCCAGAUGCGGCAGCUGAGCGGGGGCGACGAGGACCGCACCAUCCGCGUGGUCUGCUACGACUGGGACUUCGACGGAGGCCACGACCUCAUCGGGGAGUUCUACACCAACGUCAAGACCCUCGCCCAGGGGCCCGGGCCCGACAACGAAUACGAGCUGGUGAACAAAAAGAAGCAGGCCAAGAAAAAGAAGUACAAGAACUCUGGCAUUGUGAAGCUCAUGUCCUUUGGCAUAAGGGAGGAGGCCACUUUUUUGGACUACAUUCGCGGCGGGCUGCAGAUGCACUUCACGGUGGCGGUGGACUUCACGGCGUCCAACGGGGACCCCCGGGACCCCAAGUCACUGCAUUACAUGGACCCCUCACAGCCCAACGCCUACAUGAUGGCCAUCCAGGCUGUCGGGGAGGUCAUCCAGGACUACGACUACGACAAGAUGUUCCCGGCCCUCGGCUUCGGCGCCCGGCUGCCACCCGACGGGAACGUCUCGCACGAAUUUUUUCUGAACGGGCAUCCCUCGGACCCGUACUGCGUGGGCAUAGAGGGGGUCCUGGAGGCCUACCGGAGGACCCUGCUUUCCGUGCAGCUGUACGGACCCACGAACUUUGCACCCGUCAUCAACCACGUGGCAAAGUUUGCGAGAACGUACCGGGACGGCACCAGCUACUUUGUGCUGCUGAUCAUCACGGACGGGGUGAUCAGCGACAUGCCCCAGACGAUGGAGGCCAUUGUCCAGGCCUCCUCCCUGCCCAUGUCCAUCAUCAUCGUGGGUGUCGGCAACGCCGACUUCUCGGCCAUGGACGUCCUGGACGGAGACGUGGUGCGCGUCAGCUCACGGGGCCGCCAGGCGGAGCGGGACAUUGUGCAGUUCGUGCCCUUCCACAAGUUCCUGCAAGGGGGCCCCUGGGAGCGGAACCAGAUGCGCCUCGCCAAGGAAGUGCUCGCCGAGAUCCCCGACCAGGUCACCGGCUACAUGCUCAAGAACCACGUCAAGCCCGGGGGCGGCGCCCCGCCUCCGGGACACUCCCCACAGACCCCAGACGCCCCCGCGGGCCCCUCCUGAGGCACGCACCCCGCGGGGGGCCGUCUCCGCGGGGUGCUGACGCCCCUUGGGUGACGAGGCCGCGGCGCCGGAUCUUCUGCGGCUGCUAUCAGAGUCCAGAUAUCGGACACGAGCACCUCAUUGGCGUCCAGCCGGGACUCCGCUCCAAUCGCCGAUCAAACACGAGUUGAAGCCAAACGCCGACGUAGCACUCGCGACCAAUGUGCGUCCCGCACUCGCCUCCGGCAGGGGACGUAGAGGAUCCGAGCGGCCUCGUCGUCUAGGGGGCGUCGGCGUUGCGGCGCAGACACCCCUUACCCUCGCCCCUCACCCUAACCCCCCCACCGUUGCUCAUGCGCUAGGCCUAAUCUUGUCGCUCACCGACUCUUAGCUCCGGUCGUCGGGAAGGAAAAAAGGAAGCCUCCCUUAGAAAUGCGUCGCCCUCGCCUCGUCGCCUCUGUCUGCCGACCUUGGUGCGCCCCUCCGACGCCUCCAGCACGUCCGGGGAGCAGAACGUUGCCAAAAAAGAAGUAUUAACACCGUCGUUACCUUACCUCGGGGUUCCCGGGAUUGCAGACCCCUCACCCCUUCCCUCAGCCACACCGAACUUCGAAUGACGGCCGAGCGCCUACUGCACCGGCUGAAAACGUGGCGCUCAGGUGAGAGUGGGCUCGAUGCGAGGCUCAAUCGCGCUUGGAAGCGAACCAGAGUUUGUGGACGUGCGGGACACAGAAGUGCAAGCGAUCGAGAACCCUCCACCUCACCCGACAGAAAGGACGAAGUCGGCACCUCUUUCUCUGUUGCGUUGCGCAAUGGCUUUUGCUCAAACUUACAAUCUCGCCGAACGUUUCCGACUAUGGUUGUGCCUACGACGACUUUUGCGUUCCGUCCUUUCUUCCUCCUCGUCCCGUUCACUUUUGAUCCUCGCCGUCGGGACGCGUCGAAGACGAUCGCCACCAGGCGUUACAGACGCUGCACCGUAAAGCGCUGCAGGCAUCGGACAGUCGCCGAAGCCGGCAGACGGGGCACGGUCUAUGACGGGGUCGCGUUGGGAGCCUCUGACGGAGCAUUGUGCCAAAGGGAAGGAAACCGUCGAUCAAAAAUAAACUCGCGCACAGAUGCGGAUGUCUACCCCAACCUCCCCCCACCCGUAGCUCGCAGGAGAAGCAAACUAGCAGAACACGGUAGCAACAGCGCAGUCUUUCAGGUUAGGCGUCUCCCAUCGUCGGUGUGUUGUCGUAGUACGCAGAAGCAAAAAAAAUAAUAAAGUGACACGAGAUCCAAACACGUAAACUCCCCCUUCGAGUCUCGAAAUCUAGCCUUCUUAUGCAAGCUCCGCCCCCCUAGGUUUCCUCCGACCCCUUCUGUUCCCAUCUGCCAGCCAAUCACGUGUGAUAUUUUUGGUGUCGCCGCGUCGUCGCGGUUGCAAAUGAACAACGAACGAGGCCAGCCGGUUGCGCACCCUCCCCGUUCACCCGUUUCACCCUCGCGGUGCGUCCGGCCCGUUGCCGUCACCGCGGCAACUCCGCAAUAACGGGCGCACCCCCCUCCCCCGCGUAAUCCUGUCUCGCUUUCCGACCGUUUGUUGCUCUUGCGUUGUUGUCGGUUGGUUGUUGUUGUGUGUGUCAAGAAGGAAUACCUGUGGGCCCUUUGUCCACACUGUUUGUUACAUCCGGAAGGGGGAGGGAUAGCUCUGCCUGCACCUCCUCCCCCUCUCCACGUUUGUUUGUUGCAAGCUUCGCGAUUAUUUUUGUAUUGGGCCGGCUGGCGGCAGCAGCAGCAAUCCAAAGGGCACCGAGAUCAACAAUAAUAUUACAAAUGAUGAUAUAACAAUAAUGACGAUGACAAUAAAAUCCACGAGUGGUUUUGCAAUA